UCAACAUCAGGUGCUUGGAGACAGUACGCGGGUUAUGGCGGAGAAACUGGAUUUCGGCGCUUUAAGCCCCGAUCAGCUGGAAAAACUGCAUCAGUUCAAGAUCAAGACGAGGAUAGCUAAUGAAAAAUAUUUAAGAUCUCAUCCAGAGGUUGAAAUGUUAUUGAGUGACUUUGUAAGGGAUGUGUUUCUGAAAAGGCCUACAAAUAUUCCUGAAUUUGCAGCAGAUUAUUUCUGCAAUCCAGGACUCAAAGACAUUAAAGCCCAAGUGAAAAUCAAUGAUAUGUGAAAAUACCAAAUUGUGGAUGCUUACAUUUCUCUUUUAAUAAAAGAGAAAAAACUCUGAAAUGUGUGUGUCACAAUCCUUCCAACUGUAUUUUGAAGUAUCUUUACUGUACCUCUUUAUUAUCAGGAAUAAUUAGUGCAUUGGUUGUCAUGGGAGAGGGCAGUCCAUGCUUGUUUGUAUAAUAAUUCCAUGGGGAUAAAAGAUUAAAUUAACUAAAUUGAUCAAGUCUUGCUGUUUUUAAUGUACACUGGAAAAAACUAAAUUAAAUUAAACUGAAGUAAAUUAAAAUGCUCGGGUACAACUGGGCUAAAGGCUCCCUUGGGCAUAAGACUCCUUUUAUUGAAUUUCCUCCCAAAUACUAAAUGGCAAAUACUCACAACAAGACUUUCUUAAACACCUAUUUGUCACACUAUACAUGGCCAUUUGAUCUAAUAUUUAAUUAUUAUUACUAUUUUGUGCAUUUAUAUAGCUCAUUAAAAUCCCUGAAAUUAUCACUGAGACAAAAUACAAAUUCUUUUUUUUUUCAAGUUGAUUUAUAUAAAAAUAAUUUAAUAACUGUCCAACUCGAGAACUGUUGCGAGUGACUCAUUGUACUGCUGACUCGAGAACUGUUGCGAGUGACUCGUUGUACUGCUGACUCGAGAACUGUUGCGAGUGACUCGUUGUACUGCUGACUCGAGAACUGUUGCGAGUGACUCGUUGUACUGUUGACUCGAGAACUGUUGCGAGUGACUCGUUGUACUGCUGACUCGAGAACUGUUGCGAGUGACUCGUUGUACUGCUGACUCGAGAACUGUUGCGAGUGACUCGUUGUACUGCUGACUCGAGAACUGUUGCGAGUGACUCGCUGUACUGCUGACUCGAGAACUGUUGCGAGUGACUCGUUGUACUGCUGACUCGAGAACUGUUGCGAGUGACUCGUUGUACUGCUGACUCGAGAACUGUUGCGAGUGACUCGUUGUACUGCUGACUCGAGAACUGUUGCGAGUGACUCGUUGUACUGCUGACUCG